AUGCUAGUCGAAAUGGAUCAUUCAUCUUUAGUGUCGCUCAACAUGCCGCCGUUUAAUUUGUCUCCGAACGGUGGUAAUUCCGGUGCAAGUGGUGGUCCCGCUGGAGGAGGAGGCGGUGGCGGUGGACCCGGUGGAGGCGGAGGAAGCAACACGGAAUCCAUGCCUCCGCCUCCCAUGUACAAUUCGUCUCCCUAUAACAUGAUCUCCAUAGGAAAUGUGAACAAUAACAAUAAUAAUAAUAAUAAUAAUAAUAACAAUAACAACAACAACAACAAUAAUAAUAAUACCAACAACAACAACAACAACAGCAGCAGCACAAAUCAUAAUCAAAUGAUGCAGGAUUAUAAUUCGGGGAAUAUUGAUUCCGCGUUAUGUUUUUAUUCGCCCCCAGGUGGGAUCGAUAUGGCAGCGGGAUAUCAAUCGCCGCAAAACACUUCGCUCGUUCUUGCAUCUUCGCGAUCCGGAGGUGACAUACCAGACACAAAGUUUGGAAUCGAAGAAUUGUGUCCCGUGUGCGGAGACAAAGUAUCAGGAUAUCACUACGGUCUUCUCACUUGCGAAUCGUGCAAGGGUUUUUUUAAGCGAACCGUCCAAAAUAAAAAAGUAUAUACUUGCGUCGCCGAAAGGAGUUGUCACAUAGACAAAACCCAGAGAAAAAGAUGUCCUUAUUGCAGAUUUCAAAAAUGCCUCGAAGUCGGAAUGAAACUCGAAGGAAACACAUGCAGGCGGGCUGGUAAUAUAUAUAAUUACCAGAGCGAAUAG